AUGCCGAGCGGAAGUGUCUCCGCACCCGCCGCUUCCAGUCCGUCCCCGGCGUCGUCCGUCGUGACGUUCAGCGAAUCCACUGCCGAGUUCGAGCGCGCCCUGCACUCGUACGACAUCACGGCCGUCGUCGAGGCUCUGCAUCGGUAUCUAGCGUCCGAGACCCAAGCGAGUCUCUCGGCAGCUAAGCACCAGUCAAUGCAACUCCGCAGCGUCUUUUACGAGCGCUUUAACCAGCUCCUGGACCGUAUCUUUGGAAUUGACGCCGUCUCGAAGCACAAGUUUGGUGGCUGGCUCGACUAUAGCGCGGGACUGGGCGUCGCGCCGUCUGCGGGGUCCGCGGCAGCGCUUGCAGUCAAGAAACGAGUCGAGCAGCGCCAGGAGAGGGCGCUCGCAGGUGUCGCAACGGAUGAAGAUGAUGUGGAGGAGUUUCUCGUGUCAUUGACAGCCAGUGGUCGAGCUAUGGUCAAGCUUUUGGGCGGGGGAGUGCGUGCAGAGGACGGGUCGGUCUUCCAGUUUCUCUUUCGGGUACCGCACCCCGUGGAGUUUAAGUUCGCGCUCGAGUUGCUGCCAGAACAGAGCAAGAUGGCCAUUGUCAGCGGUCGAGGCGCGAGUUUGCUGUUCACGCAGUUGCUGCACAAACCACUGGCCAAGCAGAGACUGGAUCUACGCAGUCCCGAGCUGCUCGUGUCCAUCACCGAGCUCUAUCUUUUCUACUUUUUCAGGCAUCCAGUUUCGUCAUCGCAUACAAGUGGUGGCGGGCCGGCACCUCCAGCUACGUCGGCAUCAACAGCGAGUGGGAUAUUGACGUCGGCUUCGUCGUUGAGCGGUGCAGCCAAGGCGCGGCAGUCUAGUUGGCGCAUGUACAGCAAAAACGGGGUUGCAGCAUUGACGAGGGGGAGUCCGUACAGUGUGCUAUUGCUGCAGUAUUUGCGGGCUUUUUUGCCGGACACCAGUCGCGGUGUCAAGAGCCGCUUCCAUGGCAAGCUGCUGAAGGACUCUAAUCUCUUCCUUCAUAUUUUGAUUGAAUUUUGGCUACGACAGAACCUCAUUUCAUUCUCAAAUGAGCCUGUCGGUGCGUCGACUGCAGCUCCGGGCGUUUUUCGGCCGCCACCCUCUAGUAAUAUGCUGGCCAGCCCAUUUGCUGCAGUGUACACGUCGACCAGUUAUAUGGCACCUUCCGAUGACUUGCUCAGCUCACUGCUGCUUGCUAUCAUUUAUUUACUUUCGGAUUCCUUCUUUCCUGCUCCGUUGGCGGGAGAUGCCACGAAUAGAUCUCAAGGUGGUGAAACUGGUAUGAUCGCAGGCAGUGGUGGUGCCUAUUUGAGCCGUAGCGUCACGUUGCUGCGGCCCCCACUGUAUGCAUUCUUUCGCCUUGUGUUCUCUCGUGCUUCUAUUGGACUCUCGCCAAGAGCGUUCAUAGCCAUUGUUGACGUUUGGCUCGCGUACAUUCAACCGUGGCAUUGUCGGUCUUGGAUGGACUCGAGAGACCCAACAUCUCCCGAACCUGCAGGAUUUAGUGCAGAUGGGAAUACACCGACUGGAUAUACACCAGCGUGGGAAAGCUAUGUGCUGGCAAAUUACCACUUUUACACAACGCUGCUAGGUGCUUUUGUGGAACGAGCAAAGGAGCUAGACUUUUCCGCAGACAACGAGCGUAAUCUGGAGAUUGUUGACCGCGUGAUGAGCAUGUUCAACUCGGAUUUGCUGGCGCUUUUGCGUAGGGCAUCACUCCAUCUAGAGAAGUGUCAGCCGUUUGCUAUACCAUUUGGCCAGAAUCAUGACGUAUACCGAUCACGCACCCACGGUGAGAGCUACAGCACUUCCGCUAAGACCAAAUCUACCACUGACGUUUCACUCACGGCGACUCAAGCGCAUGUGCUGACGUUUUACUGCAAGUCAUUGGGAAUCGAGUGCACGCCGGUGCCGCUGCACGAUAGCUUUCAUCGCGACGCUGAGCGUCUUUUUGAUAAGCUGUGGGUGGCUGUGGCAACAGACGCCUCGACAACGUCAUCUCCUGCAGACCUGUAUAAGAACGUGAGCGCCGUGUUCCGUGCAUCAGAUACGAAAACAGUUGAUGGAGUGGCGGAGCAAGUACAACGCUUGAGCCGCAUGUUGCGGCGGGUGUUCGAAAUCUCAGAUGCCUAUGUCGCCUCAACUGCGCACUCGCGAUCGUCGGCUACUUCUACCGGUAGCAGUAUGGAAUCAUUGGCACCAAACCGGGACAAAAAGCUACCGCACUUGCUUUCGCGUGAGGGGGUUUUCCAGCUGCAGCAUGGGAUGCGGUUAUGCUCCGCCGAUACGGCGCAGUACAUCGGUGAUCCUAUGCUUCGUCCCAUUUGUUCGUACGAGGUGGUGUGGCUCGUGCGUCUUUCGUACCGAGUCUCGACAUGGCUCAACGCGAAGUUUGGAUUCACAAAUCCAUACCAUGGCAAACGGCUCGAAGAUAACUUGGAAGUGGAUCCUGCGAGCCCCUUUGUCUACUUCCGGUUUAAUUUUCGCUUCCUCGCCAGCAAAGUGAACCUCAGCUACCUCGGUGUGUUCUUACUGCUGUUGUACAUGAUCUACUUUUGGUAA